GCGAAAUUAUUGAGUCCUGGGAAAUGGAAACUAACGAGACGAAACCCGAAGUCACAUCGACAAGUCAAUCUACCGAAGACUGGGAUGAAACUUCCGAAAGUGGAGAAGAACCUGCAAAAAGUAUUAAUGUAACAAAUAAUUCCGAGGGAGCAAAGAAGUUACGAAAAUGGUUGAAUCUUCCAUUACGCAUCGAAAUGACCGAUAAACGCGUCCUGGUUGGCAUGUUUCUGUGCACAGAUAGAGAUGCUAAUGUAAUUCUUGGAUCCUGCUCAGAAUACCUGCCUGAAGAUGAGACCACACCAAAUGAGGAACCUAGAAUGUUAGGAUUAAUUAUGGUGCCAGGCAAACACAUUGUUAGCAUAUGUAUUGAUCAAAUGGAAAAGAAUUUAGUUUCAAUAAGAAAGCCAAACUAUCAAAUUGUUUAAUACAAUUUAUUUUAGUUCUUAGAAGUAUAUUUAUUUAAAUAUUAAGUUGUAUGUGUCAUGAAUGUAUCUAUGUAAGUUAUGUUUAAGUUUGGCAAAUGUAAUUUCACUUAACAUAACUUUUUGCUAAAGCUUGAAUGAAUUUAUUUGAAUUAAUAAAUAAGCAACAUCUAGACUCAAAACAA